AUGACCCAAAUUCCUACAUCGCCAUCAAACUGGGAUUUCACUGCGGUGAUUAACCUGUUACGGUCCCCCACAUUUCGGAGUGGUGAUCAGCCGACUCUCGCCUCUUCUUCCUCUUCCCCAGAUUCUCCGGCCCCUUCACUACUAUCACACACGCUUGUGAAACAUGACGUAGAGAAGCCGGCCACCACGGAGCAGUUCUUGGGUGAUGCAAAUCGGAGCGCGCGGAAGCUGGGAGAUUUUGCCACAAUCUGGGAGAUUUUGAGCAAACCUCUCCCCUUAACUCCCUCUGAGGUUGCUGCCGAUAUAUCCAGGCAAUCGCACGAGUCAAAACAUACCCUGCGACCAACAAACCCCGUUGUGAUACUUAAACGACCCAUACCAGACAACUCGGUUGAGUUAGCCCCGCCGACACCUGGGACUCCCUCAAAACCGAUACCAGUUGCAAACCUCAGCAGCACUGGCACCAGCCUUGUUCUGUGCAGCAGACGUAGCGCACACACCGAGCGGCACGGCUACCAAAAUGAUACCAAUAAUGAAUCCCUUUCGCUUGACAGCAAUGCGUUGGGAGAGUCCGACUCACCCAGCAUUUUCGAUCUUCCGCAUUCAAAGCCACACAACAUCUCACCAAUGAUUCCGCCUCAGCUGGGUGUUGCGCCGGCUAAGGCAGGGAGAGGUGAAACACCUCCGUCCUCUUUUGACGAGUCGGAUGGAUUUUUGUCGGAUACUGUCAAGCAUCUUUCAAAAAUGACCCGUAUACAGCCACUUGCGUAUAAGACAGCCGCCGAUCAACAGGUUGGACUUCUGACGAAGCUCCUGGGCAAUUUCCCAGAGUAUGCGGAGCUUCUUGCUCGGUCAGGACGCUCUAGGAAACCAAAGGAAGCGGAUAUCCCGUCACGCCCGAUUCACGUAUUCAUUGAUAUGUCCAAUAUCAUGGUGGGAUUCCACGAUACGAUGAAAAUCUCGCGGAAUAUUCCUUCCAAUAUUAGGAUCCGGCGUAUUCCCCUCGCCUUUCAAAAUUUCUCCCUGAUACUCGAGCGGGGUCGGCCCACAGCAAAAAGAGUUCUUGUUGGCUCAGAUCGUUAUGCAGCUAUAAACGAUAGCGAGAAACUUGGAUACGAGGCGAACAUCCUCGAUCGAGUUCAUAAAGUUAAAACACUCACACCCCGUCAGCUCAAGUUUCGCAGAAAUCCUAAGGCGGCGUUGCAUAAUGCUGGUCAUAGUUCUGAAACGAACGAUGGACCUGAGCAGCGUUGGGUCGAGCAAGCUGUGGACGAAAUUCUACACCUGAAGAUCCUGGAAAGCCUAGUGGAUGUGGACGAGCCGGCAACGAUCGUGUUAGCCACUGGAGACGCUGCCGAAGCAGAGUUUUCUGGUGGGUUCUUGAAGAUGGUGGAGCGAGCUUUGCAGCGCGGCUGGAAGGUUGAGCUGGUUAGCUUCGCUCAGGUGACGAGCUAUUCCUAUCGCAGGAAGGAGUUUCGUUCGCGGUGGGGAGAUCAGUUCCAGAUGAUUGCCCUCGAUGACUAUCUUGAGGAGCUCUUGGAUAUGUAA